UAUUUGCUUUUUAUCGUUGUUGCCGGCUUUAGUUACCUAUAUUGUGAUACAAACAAGAAUCAAAGAAAUGACUAAUUCAGAAGAAAUCACCUGUUUCACUUUCCGCCAUGUGCCUGGGAAAACAUUUUCAUUCACAGAACAGAAGGAUAACUGCGACUUUCUUAUGAAAUGGGGUAUGAAGGAUACUCUGAAAAUUCAACUAUUUUCUUUUGAUCAAGCAUUUCAAUCUUAUCAGUACAAGACUCUGAUUAAUAGCUUUUUUAAUAAUCCAACAAUAAUUAGCAACUUGGAAAUUUGCUCAGCUAAUGGUUGGAGCAGACUUGGCCAAAAGGCAUCCAAAGUUGACAUAGAGAUAGUACCCUGUUCUCUCCUUUCUAUGGAAUUUUUUGAUCGAUUGAAAGAGAAUGGAGUUAUCUAUGAGAGUGGAAGACUAUACAAAUGUUUUGAUGAGUAUUAUGAAAAUUUUGUUAUAUCUGAUGAACUUAGAAAGAUGCUUCUACUAGAAGAAAGUGAUAAUUACAACCUAUAUUCACCCAGUGAAAAAGAACAAUUUUUAUUUUGCUUACUGAAGCACUUAUGUUUGGGUGGAAAAGUUUGCCAGUUUGAAGAUGAUUUUGGACCUUAUGAAGAUAUGGUAAAGAAAUUAUAUAAAGAAUUAGUGUGUGCCCAAAAACUUCCAGAUUCCCAACAGCCUAGAAUUGUUUCUUCUGUCUAUAAGGUUACAGCAUACGAUGAAGAUGACACCAUGAUAUAUCCAUCUGAUGAUGCACAUAUUCAAACAUUUGCUUAUCUUGUUGUGGAUCCAUUGAAACAUUGUAUCACUGUAUUGUAUCAUUGUUUUUGUUAAACUUAAUAAUAGAGUUACCAGAUUUUCAUGUUUUUUUUACUGAACAUUACAUUAAAUUAUCUGUUUUGUAGUUUUCAUUGAUUUGCUUUCUGUUAUUACAAACAUUAUUUACUUACAUAAUAAAUAUAUGGAAAUAAUAAUCAUGUUUUGUUGUUUUUCAAUUAUGUUUUUUAUGCAGUUUUUAUGAAGUAAUAUUUCAAUAAGUUGAACAUUAAACUGGAUGUUAAAAUAUAUUUAUUAGAAGAAUAAACCAAGAAGGAAUUCUAGAUAGUUGAAGUUCUGGGUAGGUAAAUAACUGACUGUAGAAAAGACAGAAAUGCAUUUUAUGUCUUCAUCUAGUAGUUAAAGUCAAAGAGGUUUUCU